UAAUGGGGCCCCAUCUCUAGGCCUCAUGUAAUUCCUCAGGGUGGCGAAAGGGUCGCUCCGCCUGGUGCCAGUGCCGGAGCACAUCUCCACACUGAUAGACGGGAUUGGCCCCGGGGCAGGUAGCAUCCACCCUGCUCAGUGUGGAGGAACGUGGAUAGCAUUUGGUAUUGACAAAAUGGAGAUUAUCAACUUCAACGCCAUCCCCAUGAUCCCCCUGGAUGAUAAAGUGGAGAUUUCGCCCUUGAUGAGAAGCAAAAUUCAUGAAAACUUUAAGAAUUACCUGGUAGAAAACCCACCCCUGUGCCUUGUGGGCUCCUUAGACAAGGUGAACAGAAAGAUCACCCAGAUCGACCUGAAAAUGAAACUCCAGAAGACCGGCAUCCACAGCAAUUUACUGGGCAUAGAACAACUGGAGGCGGAGAAAAAAGAGAAAGAGCAGAAUCGCAUCCUGGAAGAGAAAGAGAAGGCCAGCAAAACCAAGAAGAAGACGCGCAAGUUAGCCCCACAGUCAACUCCAUCAACUAUAAGUGGUCCACAUCCAGGGCCCAAAAAGAGAGCCCAGAAGGAUGGGCUGGCUGAGCUAUUCCAUGCUCCAGACUACAAUGAAGAGAAGCCCAGUGAGCUGCCAAACGGGGUGAACUACAGUGACAUGGUGGGCAAUGUUAUCCGGGCUCAGGAAAACAGCAUCACCGGCAAGACUUUCUGCGCACCUUUAGAAAUGGCUAAAUUCUUCUCUUCUCCAUACUCCAAAGCUAUCAUCUUGGAUUGCUUCUGGUGGAUCUUUCAUGAGAGAUAUGAGCCAAACAAGGAGAUUCAGAAGAAGUUGUUUAACCGCGUGUCAAAGAACUACGCUCACCUCCUGACCAACACACACAGGUCACCCUACGAAGAAAGUAUCUUAAAAAAAUUCUCAUCCCUUGUGAGUCAAGCCCUGUAUACAAGCUUCUGCACCUGCUUCCCACAGUCAUGGUUUGACAAUCACGAAUUCAAAUCUGUCAUCUGUAACACAACGACUCAGUGGAUAGCAGGCACAUUCCCAAACCCAAAGAGCUAUGUACAUUGGAACUACGUUGAACUGGAGCCAGUGAGAUUCCGGAGAGAAGAAUUAAUGCGGGGCAGAGAGAAGUUUGCCGGCAAUGACAGGCAGAAAAUUGCCAUGCAGAUCUCAAAGUCUGAGCCACGCUCCAAGAGCCAGAGACAAGCAUCCAAAAAAGUCCGAGAGAUCACAGAGAGGAGGAUAUUGGAGAAGUCAGCUCAGCGGGAGUCUCACCCAGCCUGUAAGGGACCCGAGUUCGAGAAAAACCUGUUCAGCCUCACUGGCCAAAGCCCUCUGAUUGUUCACUUCCUUCAGGAGCGUAACUCUGUUCGACAGACUGGCCAGGAUAUCUUCGUGGUUCGGAAGGAUAUAUCCAAGACUAUCCCUGAGGGCACACCAACCUACAGAGAUGUGAUCGAGCAGGUCAAGUCUAACAUGAGGAAAUUGAGCAACGAUGUCACAUACUUCCGUAAGGUACACUGGAAGGAAUGGAAGCUGUUUGAACAAACCCAGAAGGAGAUGAACACUGAAUUCAACAGAAAAGUGAAAGAAGUCAUGGCAAAAGAAAAAAAGAAGCUAAGUCAAAAUUUCAUCCCCACUUCAGUUGUCCAGGAGGGACUUGCUGAUCCUACUGGAAAAGUCCUUACAACAGAUGAACUCCUUGGAAAGGCUGAUUACUCAGUAUCCAGUUUAAAAAUGAAAAGUUAUGCCUAAAACUGUGAAAUGAGUUAGUAAUCCUCCACAGUUCCUUAAGCCAUUCACCCAUCCAGGGCCCUGGAGGCUUUGGCAAAUAGAGGCUCCCAGAGGCAGAUUGCUAGGAGUGGAGACCUUAUGAACUUGGGAAGAAACCCAGAUAAGUAAGUCACUCCAACUUAAAUGUGAGCCCACCAUCAAGGAUUUUAUUUCGAAGUUCAAUAGUUCCAAAAUAGAGCUUAUUAUCUUCUUUCUCCA